AUGGACAUUCAAGGCAUAAAUGUGGUUGCAGCUACACUUACUCCGCAAAAAAAUAAUCGCACCGAAUACCACUACAUUUUGAAUUUAUUUCGAGCACUCAAGGAAACUCACAUACCAAUCCGAAAACUCGAAAUUUGUAAUAAUGCUUUCCAACACGUAUUCUUUGGAAAAAAGAUAUUAGAUGUGCCAUCGGAUAGCUGUCUUUCAAGACACAUGAAAGCCAUUUCCCGAGCCAUAGAUGAAAUUAUUAAUGAUAAAUUACGACAUGCUCCAGGGAAAAUUACUCGUAUGAUUGAUGAAAGUGAUGGUUUUGUGUCUAUAUUUUAUAACAUGAUUGAACAUUUGAAUGAAGAGGAAUUGGAAAUAAUUUCAGAACAAUACACCAUGUUGCUCAGAAAACAGCUACAUUGUCAAGAAGACACUCGUAAAAUGUAUCAACUUGAGCGUCAAUUGAAACUCAAGUACAAAAGGACAACCAUUUGCUCAAAAAUUCAACCCAUGUUAAAUCAAACAGCACAGACCUUAUUUGAAACUGUGAAACAAGCUGAGAGUGGAUGGAAUGGCCGUCGUGUUGACUUUAUGAUGUCCGAUAAUGGGGCGAAUGUGAUUGCAGUUGCCAAGCCAACCAUGCUCAACGUAACACUGAUUACUUGUUGUGGCCAUAAUUUGAAUUUGGUAUACAAACACUUUAUUACAUGCUAUAAGGACUUUGAAAGACAUGUUGGAAGGGUGAUUCGAAAGCUACGAUCGGAUUGGAAAUCGUUACGCUGGUUGGUGACUAUUUUGAAAUUCGAUUUUCAAUUUGUUGAAAAUUAUUUUAAUUCACAAGAUGGUACUAUUAUUAUUGAUGAUGACCUUAAUUUCAAUGUAAUGGUGGUCAUGACGAUGAUGGUUGGCCUUUAUUUUAUUCACAGGGAUUUAUGCAUCAACCACGUGAUUCACAAGUGUUUCAUUGGGAGCUGUAGAAAUUAUUCCACAGAUUCUUCCCUUGAUAUUUGUUGUUGUUUAUUGUUGUGGGCGCCUUAA